AUGAGGCCUGCGACAGCCGCAGCAUCAGCAACCUCCACUGCUGCCGGCAAUCUUCCGCUUUAUACAUCGGAGCCUGAGCCGCCGCCGCAUCAGCAGCAAUGCCAUUGCCUGGCAACACUCGCCACUCCUUCCACCCCCACCGCCGCCGCCGCCGCCGCCGCCGACACCGCGUCGUGCUCCGCCCCAACCCCCAAGGGCAGCAAGGCUGAGGGCGGGAACCACCCCUGUUGGAGCGCGUGGGAGCAAAAGGCCUUUCUAACUGUCAACCGCAACUGGCAGGCUGUCAGCGACUUUUUCCAGGCGGUGGUGUGUGGCCGAGCGAGCUUGUCCAGCCUGGGACUGCGGGUGCGGCUGAGGGUGGGGGGUGGGGGGUGGGGGGUGCUGGGUUUUGUGGCGGUGGUGGUGGAGGUGGAGGUGGUGGUGGAGCCGGACAAGUUUGACCUCGAGGCGGCAAUGGCGGCGCCGCGGCAGCCUCGGAAUCACGAUGGUGGUGAUGAUGAUGGUGGUGAUGAUGCGUGUCCUAAUUUGGAUUUGGAUCCGGGUGGUUCCAGGGUUGCGGAGAAGGCGGGGCGACGAGCGACGGAGGGGGAGGAGGCCGAUGCCAGCGGCGGCGGCGGCGGUGGCGUACGACAACGCCCUGGCGGCGGCUUCCAGCGGCAACGGCAGCGGCACACGUACAAGGUGACGGUGAGCUACUUUGGUCCCGCAUUCGAGGGGUGGGCCUUCCAACCGGGGCGCCGUACACUGCAGGGCGCCUUGGAGGCAAGUCAUACGGUGCAGUACAGUGGCAGUACAAUGUAG